AUGCUUCGGGGAGGCAAUAAAGCCUCAGAAAGGAGAAGACACUUGAAUGAUUGCCUCAGUUGGCAGCAAGACCAGGCGCUGAGUAGCAGCAUCUAUCUCCUGCGACAGAUCGGCCCUACCGGCUUUCUUCUGAGGGAGGAGGAACCAGAAAAGGGGAAUUUCCGAGUUUUGCUAGGAAACCCUCAUGAAUGCAACUGCUCCACAUUUCUGAAGAGUGGGGAACUGUGUAAGCAUAUAUGCUGGGUGUUGUUGAAAAAAUUCAAGCUUCCCAGGGACCAUGAAUCUGCUUUCCAGUUGGGUCUUGUGGAAGGAGAAAUAAAUAACUUGCUACGGGGGAUACAUCGGGUUCAAACUCCCCAGCUUGGAGCAAGUGGUGAGAACGUACAUGUGGAAGAAGAUGGCUGCCUUAAACAGAAGGACAUCAGUGCAGAGGACAUCUGCCCCAUUUGUCAAGAGGUGCUGUUGGAGAAAAAACUCCCUGUCACCUUCUGCAGAUUUGGCUGUGGCAAUAAUGUUCAUAUAAAAUGCAUGAAGAUCUUAGCUAGUUAUCAAGAUAUGGUGUUGAACAGCUCCAUGUUAAAAUGCCCGCUGUGCAGGGAAGAGUUUGCGCCACUGAAAGUUGUCUUGGAGGAAUUCAAAAACUCUAACAAACUGUUGACUAUGUCUGAGAAAGAACGACUAGACAGGCACCUGGGGAUUCCCUGUAAUAACUGCAGACAGCUACCCAUCGAGGGGAAGUGCUACAGGUGCACUGAUUGUGUGGAGUAUCACUUAUGCCAAGAAUGCUUCGACAGCUGCCGCCAUCUUGCCCACACUUUUGCAUUUCGUGAGAAGAGAAAUCAAAAAUGGAGAUUAGUAGAAAAAAAAUCAGAUGUUGUAAAAUAUUUAGAUAUUAAAAAUGAGGGAGAAGAAAAUACACCUUAUCUUCAGGAAAAGCAAGGUCAGUUUUGCACACCAAAACAUGUUGUAAAGGCACUGCCUCUCCUGCUGAUUACAAAGAACAGCAAGCUGCUUGCUCCAGGGUACCAGUGUCGACUUUGUUUGAAGUCAUUUUGUCUUGGUCAAUAUACAAGACUGCUACCAUGUACUCACAAGUUUCACAGGAAAUGUAUUGACAAUUGGCUAUUCUACAAGUGCAAUGCAUGCCCUAUAGACAGACAAGUCAUAUACAACCCUCUGAUCUGGAAAGGCGCCACCUUGGAUGGACAAACCCAUCAGUUGGCUUCAAACAAAGACAUCACCUGUUUGUCAAAGCAGCAAGAGCCAAAUCUUUUUAUUCCUGGUACUGGGUUAGUUUUACAACAAAAUAGAACUAGAAUUUUACCUAGCAUUCCUCAGUGUAAUUCUCAAACAUUGACUACAUUCCAAAGUCCAUCAGACAACUAUCAGAAUUUAACAAUAGAUGACCUAUGCUCAGUCAAAUUAGAUAAUUCAGAUUCAAGAAAAUUAGUCUAUGGAUAUAAAGUUGGUCAACAUUUCUCCACACAUCUGCAAGAUCCAGCCACUGGGUCAUUGGGGCAAAUAUCCUCUCAAACAUUUCUUCCCUCCCUUUCUCAUAAGGAUAAUAUUUGUCUUACUGGAAGGGGAAGCCCACAAGUCUAUGAAAACUACCUCACUGGUAAGAGUCAAAAGACAACGAGAGGUUGUGAACAUGUGAACUAUAAUACAAAGAAAUCUCUCGGUACUAACGUAAGACAAGACAAAAGAUCAAGUACCUUACCUACAGAAGAGUUAAAUCUUCCUAUCAACUGUGGUACAACAAAACUUAGUCUGUCUAAAAGACCUAGCAAUCCCACAGGGAAAGUUAGACAAAAAUAUAGCCGUCCACCCAGACGACCUGCACACCCCCCUUUACAAACACAAAGCGCUGCUCUGUCUUUAAUAAUGAAAGGAAUUCAAUUAUGA